GCCGAAGUCUGCUGUCCGUCAGUUCCGCCCGUGUACUGCUGUCGCACACGGCGAGUUCGGCGCUCAGUAGACAGUAGCAGACAGUCCCGGACUGUCUUGCCGAUUCCGAGUUUGGUACCUUCUGCCGCAGCAUACGCCAUCAAUGUCAGACCGUUGAUCAAUCUCCCUUCGAACAAAAAACGAGACGGAAGCAGGCCGUCCGCCGCAUCAUGGCGACGUCGUUGGCAGCGCAAUUGGCGCAGAUCGCCGCCAACUCGCGGACCAGCUUCAACGCCAAGGCCCUCAAGGCCUCGCACUCUAAGUCCCUGAUCUGGGAGCCUCGAGUCGCCGCCGGCCAGACCUUCGCCGAGAUCUACCAGCUAUGCUACGAGGGCUUCGAGGAGCUGUGCCAUCUCGAUGCGCGCUUUGCGCACUUCGGCACCACUCUGUUCAGCGAGCAGAGCCAGGAAGCUGACAGGACGCAAAUGACGGCCGAGGAGAACGGCGCUUUGGACAAGCGCGUGGACUCUUUCCUUCACCUCGUGGGGAGCCGGCUGCGCCUCAUGCCCGCAAUCAAGGCUAUCGAGUGGUUGAUUCGGAGGUUUCGGAUCCACGAAUUCAACACGGCAUCUCUUAUCAACACCUUCCUGCCGUAUCACACCAUCCCUGCUUUCGUCACCCUUCUCUCCAUCCUCCCAGCAAAUAUCCCCUUGGCAUACGUGUUCCUGAACCCCUACAUCAAGUCUUUGACACCCCCGCCGCGGGCUGCGAUUGUUCAGCAGGCAACAAACCGUCCCGAGUUCCUCUCUGCCAUCUCUCAGUACACGCUAGAGUCAUGUCGCGCCAAGCAAGACUAUCCGGGUCUGGUGUCGUUCUGGGGUGGGGUCAUGGCAGAGGCUGUCAACGGCAUGCUGGACAAGAUGCGGUCAGGCAGGAGAAGCGUCCAGCUGGAGAACGAUCACGCGCUACUUCAGCAGAUUGGGCCGGCUCUGAGCGAGGCGAUGGUCAUGAAGGACGUUCCUGGGAUCCAAAUCGCGAGUUAUAUGGUAGUCGCGAUUCUGGCAGCGAAGGGCAGCCUCAACGACGUUGCACUCUCUGCCUUCAUGGAUCAGCUCGUCCACGGGUGGACGGUGGACACUUAUCGCCCGGGACUUGUCUGUCUUUGCAUCCUCGCGCAGCAUCGGUCGGCGAAGCAGAUCUCAAGCCGCGUUGCGAAGGCCCUCAUCAAGGUCCAGGAUCUUGUCCCAAGCCUGGUCGAGAUCGGCCGGGAGCACAGGCUCGACAAACUGGCAAGCGGCUUAACACUUGCCCUUAUCGACAGGAUCUCGAGGAAGGGUGACCUCCGAAGCCUGCCUGUGGUCAACGCACUCCUCUUGUCCAACCUGCUGCGAGAAAAGCAAAUCAAGGUUGCCUAUAAAGCGCUACUUCUGGCCGCCCACAAGAUUGGUGAUGAGGUCGAUGAGGAUGGCCGCAUCCGCAAGGAGAUUGGCUCGUCCUUGGUUAGCUUGUUGCACGCCGAAGGGGAUGCCGGCAAUGCCAUGAGGUCCGCCCUUGAGGAGAUCGAAUUCAACGUCGAAGAGCUGGAGCUCAAGCUCGGAGCCGCGAUCCGUCCGAAGCUCGCGAUCGAGCAGAACCCGGAGGAUGCGCCAGACGUUACAGCAACGAGGACAGCUGACAAGCAGCCAAACCUCGACCUCAUAUUUCACGACUUGUCAAAGUUGGAGCCUUCCACAGCCUCUUGUCUGUCGAACAAAUCAGGGAGCCUCUUCAACGAUCUCUGCACGGUUUUCUUGUCUGCCGCUGCUGACGACAGCAACCUGGGACGGUUCGAUUCCACCCCUGCCCUGAGCCGGCCCCUGGCGCCGAGCAAUUCGUUCUACUUCAGCUUUUACAUGCGGGUCUGGUGCGGUCCGUUCCCUACGCUCGCGAAGGUGGCAGCUCUGGAGCGCGUCAAGUCCCGAUUGAAAGAGGGCGAUUGCGUGGGGAAAGACUUUCAAGCUAUCGUCCCUUACUGCGCCGUCGCUCUGAGCGACCCGGCAAAGAAAGUUCGCCGUGCUGCAGCAGAUCUUGUUGCCGUUCUGGGUUCUCUUCUCAAGGACGCCCAGACACAGUCACGGCAGCCUUGGGGAAGCAAUGACCUCUACGGCGAGACUACGGCCUUCAGCGUACUCGACCAUGAUGCGCUCAGAUCUUUGGUUCACUCCGUCCUCAUUCCAUGCCUGGAAGAGUCCGUCCUACACGAGGAGCAGGUUAUCGCGGCGCUUGCCAGCGCACUCGAGAGCUCGAAGAAUGCCUCCGGGAAGGAUGCUGAGAAGCGACGUUUUCCUCGCGCGACGAGACUUUCGAUCUUCCAAUUCCUGUGCUGGCAUGCCACGGAAACGCCUUUGCUAACCGUCAAACUUCGCCUACUGCGGUCACUCAACCAAAUCCGGAGCAUUUCGGGGACAUCUAGGACAGAUCUGCUGUUGCCGCUCGUUCGUUGGUGGGCUGCUCUUCUCCCUGAAGAAGCUACCGAGCUUGCUGCACGAGAGUCACUUGAAGAGGCGCUCGUCGAUCAAGCGGUUGUGGAGACUGUCAUUGCCAACCAUGCCGCUGGCCUCGAGACGUUUCUGCAGUUGAUCAGCGACCCAAAGAUGGCUCUUAGGCCCAAACUUGUGCAAGCCAUUUUUGGUCGCGUCACGAAGAUGUGGCAGUCGAUGAAGUCAGAGACGAAGGCCUCUACCGCCCGAUCAAUGUUCAACCUGGCGCAAAGUCCACUUUCGAGCGAGCAGGGCUUCAUCGUUACAGAAGCCGUGGAACUUCUACGAAACGUGGAGCUGACGACUGAUAUCCUGCUCCAUUUCCUCGACUCGCUGCAAGAAGAGUUCAGGCUUGCGACUGAGAAGCCCGCGAAUAAGCGGAGACGAGUCAGCGCAACAGAGCAGAGCCGCAGCGUGGCCUUGCAGAGCAGUCCCGAGCUGAAGGCCGCUCUGAACAAGACCACAUUCGUUCUUGAGCUCGUCCAGGAGGCCAAUCCGGCGAACCAUCCCGAACUUCUGCCAAUCCUCUUCUCGACGCUCUCGGACCUUCACCAUCUCAGCACCCUCCUUGGAUCCGAAUUAGGGUACCUGCAAAACCUGGUCCUGAGCAGUCUCUUAGCCAUGAUCCCGGCAUACAAGGACAACAAGGACCUGACGAUCGAUGCGUCCGUUGGGCACGGGGAUAUCUUGGCUGCGUGCAUCCAAAAGUCUUCCAGUCCCGCCGUCAUCAAUUCGGCGCUGCUUCUGGUGGCGAGCCUGGCGCGGACAGCCCCUGACGUGGUGCUGCAAAGCGUUAUGCCGAUUUUCACCUAUAUGGGCAGCUCGGUGCUGAAGCAGGCCGAUGAUUACUCGGCCCACGUCGUCAACCAGACCAUCAAGGAGGUUAUACCACCCUUGAUCGACACUUUCCGGAAGAAGGGACGGAACGUGGUUGCUAGCACCAAAGCUCUGCUAGCCAGCUUCGUAACCGCAUACGAGCACAUACCGUCGCACCGAAAGCAAGACCUCUUCAUCUCCCUUGUGCAAAACCUCGGGCCGGAGGACUUCCUCUUCGCUGUACUUGCCAUGUUUGUCGACAGAUACGGAGCAACCGACAACAUGAUCUCGUUCACGACUCAGAUGAUGAGCUCCUUCUCCGUUGGAACCCAGCUGCAGACCCUGAUCAGGCUUCUGGAUCUGAUCAGCGACAUCUUCAAGCCGAAACCUGCUCUCUCAAGCGUGCUGCUCGGCGGCGAUGGAGCCGGAGAUCAAGACGCCCAGCAGGUCGCCUCAAAGCAGCUGAAUCUGCUGCCGCACUUGCUUGGAAACAGGCGCCUGAAGCGGGAGAUCACCCAGUUGGCCGAGGUAGAUGAUAUGGAGUCGGGCAAGGUCCGCGAUCUCUAUGCAGCCCUCCUGGAAAGCAUCUUGUCGCUGGCCAGCACAGUCAAGACCAGGAAGACUCUUUACAGCCGAUGCGGCGAUGCGCUUUCCAACCUGCUGAACCUGCUCUCGAUCGCCGAGUUUAUCAAAAGCGUGGAGGCGCUGCUUGAUCGCUCCAACGUGGGCUUGCGACAGAGGGUGCUGCGGGCCCUCGAGCUCCGGGUGGACAGCGAGAGCACCACGGACCCCAAGUCUAGGGACGCGUUGCUUGCUUUCCUACCACAGCUGACUGCUGUCAUUCGCGAGUCGGAUGACAUGGACUACAAGCACACGGCGGUGACAUGCGUCGACAAGAUCUCUGAGAAGUACGGCAAGAAGGACCUCGAUGCUGUCGCUGCGGCCGCCGCAACCAUCGCAGGCGAUGACUGCCUUGGCCAGCCGUCACAGAGCUUGCGGGUGAUGGCGUUGCUCUGUCUUGCCUCGCUUGUGGAUGUGCUCCAGGACGGCAUUGUCCCAGUCCUGCCUUCCGCAAUACCGAGGGCACUAGCAUAUCUGGAACAGAGCCUGAACGACGAGGAACCCGAUGCCGAGCUGCACAAUGCCGCUUAUGCCUUCGUGGCCGCUCUGGCCCAGCAUAUCCCCUACAUGAUCAGCGGGACAUACCUCGACCGACUGCUGGCCUGCUCCAAUGCCUCGGCAGCUGCUGAGCUGGACGACGAGUCGAACACCAGCCGGUUGCACUGUCUCCAGUUCCUCGCGAAGCUGGUCGACCCCAAGGUUCUGUACAACGCUCUGGACAAGAACUGGGCGUCUGCUGCCAGCCACGGUUUCUCGGCCGUCACAGAAUAUCUCCAGAUUCUGGGGAUGGCGCUGGACAAGCAUUCUAAGCCGGUCGUGGCGAAGAACGUGUCGUCGCUCUCGUCCAUAUUCCUCAACGCCCUGGACCUCAGAAGAAUGACCGUCUCUGGGCAGCUCACAAUCAGCCCGUCGGAUGUGGAGGCUAUCGAGGCCAAGAUCAGCGAAGACGCGCUCAAAAUGAUCUACAAGCUCAACGACGCCACCUUCCGGCCGAUCUUCUCCAAGCUUAUGGAGUGGGCGUGGACGGGACUCCCGAAGAGCGACGCGGCUGGGCGAAUCCUCCGCUUGUUCGCCGUGUACGGCUUCCUUCACGCUUUUUUCGACAACCUCAAGUCCAUCGUCACCAGCUACGCCUCCUACAUCAUCGAGAGCGCCGCCAAGGUUCUCUCCUCCGCCAACAUCAGAGACGCCAACGAGAAGAAGCUCUGGAAGAUUGUCCUGCGCACGCUCGCGCGGUGCUUCGAGCACGACCAGGACGGCUUCUGGCAGGCGCCGGCGCACUUCGGCGCCGUCGCGCCCGUGCUGGUCGAGCAGUUCCUGCACGCCGCGGCGGUCGACGCGACCGAGGAUCUCGUGCCGGCGGUGGUCGAGCUCGCGGCCGCGGCCGACUCGCAGGAGCACCACAAGGAGCUCAACGGCGCGCUGCUCAAGCAUCUGCGCAACGGCCAGGCGGCGGUCCGGCUGGCGGCGGUCCGGUGCCAGCAGGCGCUGGCGGACAGGCUGGGCGAGGAGUGGCUGCAAGCGCUGCCGGAGAUGCUCCCGUAUAUCAGCGAGUUGCAGGAUGACGACGACGAGGUCGUGGAGCGGGAGAACAGGCGCUGGAUUGUGGCCAUCGAGGAGAAGCUGGGCGAGAGCUUGGAUUCGAUGUUGCAGUGAGCUAAGCAAUGCAUUUUUUUUGUUUGUGGCAUUGCCGGGCGAGAGGAGGCGUGACUGUGUGCGAUGGAUUCAUACCAUAGUCAGGUACACAGGUAUUCGGCGAGGGGGGCGGCUUGGCUUAACACGGGAGGGUGCACACGAAGUAUGGCACGAUUCGUAUUAGACAGCAGUUAAGGCAUU